UGUCGCCCCCGUGCGGCCACCUGAGGACCUAGCAACGCAGGACGCCGGCUUCUCUCGCCCCCUGACCCCGGAGCAGGAACCUCCCAUCACUGAAAAUCAUGGAUAAAUAUGAUGUGAUUAAGGCUAUUGGGGAAGGUGCCUUUGGGAAAGCAUACUUGGCCAAGGAGAAAUCAGAUAGCAAGCACUGUGUAAUAAAAGAGAUCAAUUUUGCAAAGCUGCCCACCCAAGAAAAAGAGGCUUCAGAGAAAGAAGUCACUCUCCUGGCAAAGAUGAAGCAUCCGAACAUUGUAACUUUCUUCGGCUCUUUUCAAGAGAACAGCAGGCUAUUCAUUGUGAUGGAGUAUUGUGACGGAGGGGAUCUCAUGAAGAGGAUCAGUAAGCAGCGAGGAGUGUUGUUUAGUGAAGACCAGAUUCUGAGUUGGUUUGUGCAGAUUUCCUUAGGACUAAAGCAUAUUCAUGACAGGAAGAUCUUACACAGGGAUAUAAAAGCACAGAACAUAUUUCUUAGCAAGAAUGGAAUGCUUGCAAAGCUUGGGGACUUUGGUAUAGCAAGAGUUCUGAACAAUUCGAUGGAACUCGCUAGAACUUGUGUUGGCACACCUUACUACCUGUCCCCAGAGAUCUGUCAGAACAAACCCUACAACAAUAAAACGGAUAUUUGGUCUCUUGGCUGUGUCUUAUAUGAGCUCUGCACACUCAAGCAUCCUUUUGAGGGUCGCAACUUACACCAGCUGGUUCUGAAGAUUUGUCAAGCACACUUUGUCCCAAUAUCUCCAAGGUAUUCCCCAGACCUGCAGGCCUUGAUAUCCCAUCUCUUUAAAGUGUCUCCCCGAGAUCGGCCAUCUAUUAAUUCCAUCUUGAAAAGGCCCUUUAUAGAAAUUCUCAUUGCCAGACACUUGACUCCUGAGGUCAUUCAGGAAGAAUUCAGCCGCACAAUAAUAAGAAGAGCAAGACCGUCAGCUUCUCUACCUGCCAGGAAGGUGGUUCAAGAGCAUGACAUACAGAAAAUGAGAUUCCAAGGCAAAAACCUACCACGAUCAAGGAUAUCAGUGCCAAUUCAAAGGAAGAAUGUAUUACAUAGGAAGGAAUGGAGACCACCAGCAGGAGUUGAGAAGCCCAUAUCAGUAAAAAUGGUAGGAAGACCCCAAUUGGCACCUGUGUGUGGACAUUAUGAUUAUUAUUAUGCUCAACUUGACUUGUUGAGGAAGAAAGCCCAUGAGCCAAGUGACCGCUGUGUUCCUCACAAAGACAUCAGAGCUGGGAAUCAUAUCCAGGAAAUGCACCUGUGUCCAUCGCCAUGCCAAUGGCCUGCUGAAUACCUGCAGAGGAAAUUUGAAGCUCAACAAUACAAACUGAAAGUGGAAAAGCAGUUGGGCCUUCGUCCAUCUUCUACUGAGUUGCAUCAGCAUCAGCAGAGGCAAGAGCUAAGAAGAAAUGGGGAAGAACCUAGCUUCCAUGACCUGCAGCUCAAGAGGAAUGAAAUAAAAAAGCAGGAAUACUGGAAGCAGUUAGAGAAAAUACGUCAACAGUACCACAAUGACAUGAAGGAAAUUAGAAAGAGGAUUGGGAGUGAACUGGAGGAGGACUUACAAAUCAACCAUCAAACCUACUUGGUGAGGAAGAGUAACUUACCAGUCAAACAGGAGUCACCUGAGGAGGAAGCACCUGUGCAGACAAAAGAUCUACUAAAUGAAACCAUGACCUUUGAGGAUGGCAAGAAGUUUAAGGAAUAUAGGUAUAUCAAGGAACAUGAAGAUAAUAUGGACAAAGCAUUUGAGAAACUCUCUUGUCCAGAAGCAGAACUGCCCCUGGAUCAGGACGGCACUGAUGCAGCCAACAGGAGGCAGUGGGAUGCCCGAGCCCCCCAGACUCUGCUGCAGAUGAUGGCAGCAGCUGACAUCAGCUCCACUUGCUCCAUGGGGCCUGAGGUGAGAGUGAUCGGAGGAGUCCCAGAAAACCGGAAACAGUGGUGUCACAAAGUGCCAGGGACUUUAAUGAGUGUUUUGGCAGCAGCCCAUCUAACAAAUAACUCAUUUUCUGCCAGUGAAGAAGAAUUUGGUAUGUAGUUUAUUUUUAUCUUUUCCUUUGUUGUUGUUAGAGACAGAGAUGCUGAGAGGCACAGAGAAAAAGUGAAAGAAAGCACAGCACCAAAGCUUCCUUCAGUACAGUGGGGGCCAGGCCCAAACCUGGGUCGUACACAUGGCAAAAUAGUGCACUAUACAAAUGAAUGCACUUGGAUGAAUGCUCAUGUUACCAUACACAAGGACUUCUAGUCCCCACUUACAGGGGUGUAGCUUCACUAAUGGUGAAGCAGUAGUGUGGGGUUUGGUCUUUCUCUCUCUCUCCCUCCCUCCUCCUUCCCUCUUCCCUCUCAGU